GCAGAGAAGAGUCUCUCCACAUCAGAACACCUCAAAAAACACCAGCGGAGACCCACAGGGAAGAAACCUCACCACUGCUCUGACUUUAGAAAGAGUUACUCAAGAUCAUAUUCACUAAAAGUACACCAGAGAAUUCACACAGGAGAGAGAACAUAUCGCUGUAAUCAAUGUGGAAAGAGGUUUGCUCACUUAAAAACACUGGUAGUACACCUGAGAAUACACACUGGGGAGAAAUGUCACAGCUGCUCUGAUUGUGGGAAGAGGUGCACCUCUUUAGUUACCCUUAAAAUACAUCAAAGAAUCCAUACAGGAGAGAAACCUUAUAGCUGCUCUGACUGUGGGAAGAGAUGCACCUCUUUAGUUGCCCUUAAAGUACACCAGAGAAUCCAUACAGGAGAGAAACCUUAUAGCUGUGACCAAUGUGGGAAGACUUUUACUCAGUCAAACAACCUGAUAUCACACCAGAGAACGCACACAGGAGAGAAGCCUUACCACUGCUCUGAGUGCGGUAAGAGUUUCUCCAGAACAGAUACACUAAAAGUACACCAGAGAAUCCAUACAGGAGAGAAACGUUAUUGCUGCUCUGACUGUGGGAGGAGAUUUCUUUGGUCAGGACAUUUAAAAUCACACCAGAGAAGACACACUGGAGAGAAACCUUAUAGCUGUGAUCAAUGUGGGAAGACUUUUACUCAGUCAAGCAACCUGAUAGCACACCGGAGAACACACACAGGAGAGAAAUAUCACAGCUGCUCUGAUUGUGGGAAGAGAUGUACCUCUUUAGUAACACUUAAAAUACAUGAGAGAAUCCAUACAGGUGCGAAAUGUUAUAGCUGUGACCAAUGUGGGAAGACUUUUACUCAGUCAAACAACCUGAUAUCACACCAGAGAACACAUACAGGGGAGAAGCCUUACCACUGCUCUGACUGCGGUAAGAGUUUCUCCAGAUCAGAUUCUCUAAAAAGACACCAGAGAACACACACAGGCGAGAAAUCUCAUAGCUGUGAACAAUGUGACAAGAGAUACUCUGAUAAAAGAUCUCUGAUUAAACAUCAGAAAAUACAUGAAGGAGUUGUUUUAUGAUAUCAAUGAAAUGAUGUCACAAUAUAGAAUGUUUCAACAUUGUAGUAGGAGUAUUUUAAUGAUGUCACAAUGUAGAAUGUUUUAACAUUGUAGUAGGAGUAUUUUAAUGAUGUCACAAUGUAGAAUGUUUUAACAUUGUAGUAGGAGUAUUUUAAUGAUGUCACAAUGUAGAAUGUUUUAACAUUGUAGUAGGAGUAUUCUAAUGAUGCCAUAAUGUAGAUAUGACAUAUAUGAUAUCAAUGUAAUAAUAAUUAGUAUUUUAAUGAUGUUCCAUUGAUUUCAGUGUAACAUGGAUAUUAUAUAGCCUGAUAGCCUCAUCAGGGGAAAAAUCCAGGUUCUGAAUUGAAAGAUUACUAUCUAACAAAAAAAGUGUUGCGUUUCCACUUACCGCAUUGGUGACCUACUUGAAUUAAAAUGCAACACAUCAAAAUGUAGCUGUUUGUUCCUAAUUGUUGUUUAACCGGUGAUGUACAUAUUAUUCCCAGAUUCCUUGUGGUUUUUGAUCUGUUAGUUUUAACAGGACGUGCAACCCCCCCCCCCCCCCCCCCCUUUGCGCAAUUUAUUUCCAAGUGAUAUCGAUUUGAGUGAUGACAAAUAAGUGUUGCAUUUCCCUUAGUUUUGGGACCCCCUACAUUUAAAUGCAUCACUCCAACAUGUAGCUGACUCUUCUGCUAGUUGUCGUUAUUCCACUACUGAAGAAGCAUGACUCAAAUCACCUCAUAUUUCAAACAUUCAGCCUGACAAAAGAUACAUGUUUUAUUAUUCCAUGCCUCACUAUUAAGUGAAUUGUUGCUAACACCUAUUAACAAAGAGGUGUAUAUUUGGUUUUGAUGUUGAAUAUUUCAUAACAUUUUCAAUUCAUGUAACAUUUGCAACCAACUUACAAUUUGUAUAAAUGUUUAUGAAACAAUGUAAUAAAACUAGAUUAUAUUUCUGGUUGGGUAUUACAUAUAUUAUAUUCUUACUAUUUUUAUUAAUGUAAUUUCCUUAGAAUGAUCAUUAGUCUUUUCAGUUUUUAUUGCUUUUCUUUAGUAUUUAUCCUUAUGGUUGUUGUGUAGUAAAUAUUACAGUUAUUGUUAUUCUUUAGUUUUUUAUCCUCAUAUUAGUUUUUAUUUUCAUUGUUUUCCAUUAGUUAUUUCUUGUGAAGCCAUGUCUGAAAUGUUCUGUAUAAAUAAAGCUUGAUUUGAUUUGAA